AGCUAUCAAUAAAAUCAAAACUCGAAGCGAACUCGAUUUACAGUUCACACACGCACAUUUCCUAUGAUAAUGCUCCAUCGGUUUGACAAUACGUACAAGGCGAAGAUGCGCGAGCGCAUAAAGCGCGGAGGCGGGCGGAGUGCGCGCGAGUGCUUCUGUCGGCGUUGCUGCUGUGCUGUAUCACUUGCCGCUGCGUGUGCUGACGCUGAGAAGACAUACGAUGCUGCCCUGCCUCAUUUUUGUGCUAUUUGCCACCUGCCAGGCAGCACCGAAGUGUAAAAACUGUGUGAUGCUCGGUAAAGAUGAGAAGGCGAUGUUCCGUGCGCACUCGGAAGCCUGCCUCCCGCAGUCCCAAGUGGACCCCAAACUGGUGGAGAACUUGUUGCACGGCGAGUUGGUGGACGACCCUGGCCUGAGGAAGCAUGUCUACUGCGUGCUGCUCAAGUGCAAGUUCAUCAGCAAGGAUGGCAAGCUGCAGAAGACUGCAGUGUUGGGCAAAAUGGCCUCACGAGCUGACGGGAAGAACGUCACCAAAGUAUUGGAAAGCUGCGCCUCGCAGAGCGGCGACUACCCGGAAGACCUCGCAUGGAACCUGUUCCGCUGCGGCUAUGACAAGAAGGCCAUGCUCUUCCACCACAUGCCCACGCCCAGCGCUGGGGAGCCCGAGAACGAUGCCGUGUAGCGACCAUUGCUCCGCUUUUGUAGCACCUUUACUAAACAUAAUAUUAUAAUAGGUUACUGCACGCCCCUAUCACUAUACUGUAUAGCAGAUCAUUCUACCACCCUUAGAUUUACCAAAAUUGUUAGAAAUAAAUAACAAAUA